GAGGGCCACCCACCCGAGGGUUCCGUCCACGAUGAAUGGCUACACCUAUCCCGGAAACUACUCCGGCGACUCAAUGGACAAUGGGGAUGAUCAACAGACGCAGGACAUGCUCAUGAUGAGUGAGGGCGGCAUGAUGGGCCAGGUGCCCGGCGGUCAGUCGCUGGACGACAUUGUCAAUCAGAACGCCAAGAUGAUCCGCCGACAGAGCAUGCCGCUCCCGCAGAACUUUGGCAAUAGCAGUACAUCACAUCCUCAACAUCUGAAUGCCGACAUGCGCCGCAUUUCCAUGCUGGACUAUGGAUCGCAGUCGCCGGCGAACAACUUUCACUAUGACAACAAUACAUCGAUGGACCAGACUGGCUUCUCGUCGGGGAACGUCGCCUCGGGAAAUGUCACGCCUGCUGCUCCGUCUCAGCAGCGUUCAUCGUCGAUGAAUCGGAGAAGGUCUGGCACGGGCAUGUCACUAGAGGCGGAUUACAAUGGACAGAAUUAUGGGAAUCUCAUGUCUUCGAAUGCGGGAUAUGGACAGUCGCCGGUGCAUCCGUCGAAUACAAUGGACAUGGGCAUGGCGAGUCCGUAUCUUGACACCAACAUGGGCAUGAAUAUGGAUUAUGGUGUUGAGCAGAAUUUGGGUGACUCCAUGCCGAUGGGCAUGUACGCUCCGCCUCAGUUCAACCAGAACCCAUCUCUCAGCUCGCCAAUGCACUCGACAUCUCCACAUCAAGGAACGCCUCAUUCAGUAAAAGAUGCAACAGGAGGGAACAGUGUACACACACAAUACAGCAAUAGCCAUUCGGGCAAUACACCCAACACCGUCCGGCAUAUGUCACGACCGCAGAGUCUGCAUGUUCCUGACGUGUCGAGUCCUGCUCACGGUACAUCACCCUUGAGUCAUCCGCCGAUGACCUCUUCAUCACGGCAGCAGCAAAGCUCUGCUCGACCGGCAGGUCUGCGGCAUCAGAGUUCUACAGGGAGUUUUCAACGGCCGCAACAAAGUCCGGCGCAGACUCCCGCACAGGAUCGCAGUAAUGAUCAACCUCGCCAGACGUAUGAGGCUGGGUUUGCGUGGGAGGCUCCGGAAGGAGGAUGGCCGUCCACUUUGAGUGGCAAGACGCAUAUGAAUACUGUGUACAAGAAUGCGUAUUCCUCGACCGGGUUUGAUAUGCUGGGCGUGUUGAUGCGCAUUGCCACACGACCUAAUCCUCAGAUCAACAUCGGAUCCGUCGAUUUGUCCUGCGCCUUUGUGGUGUGCGAUGCGGAGAAGGACGACUUUCCCAUCGUGUACUGCUCCGAUAAUUUCGAACGUCUGACCGGCUACACGAAGCACAUGAUUCUCGGGAGGAAUUGCCGCUUCCUCCAAUCCCCAGAUGGAAACGUCGCACCGGGUGUUCGACGGAAGUAUGUCGACGAUGAUUCCGUCCUCUAUCUGAAGAACAUGAUCACCGCACGGCAGGAAUCACAAAUCUCGCUGAUCAACUAUCGCCGAGGAGGUCAGCCGUUCAUGAAUCUGCUGACGAUGAUUCCCAUCACAUGGGACUCGGAUCAGGUCAAGUUCUUUGUGGGGUUUCAAGUCGACUUGGUGGAGCAGCCGAGUUCGGUGACCAACAAGAAUCCUGAUGGUUCUUACUCGAUCAACUACCAACGUGGAAUGACAAUGCCGCGAUAUGUCAUGAACGCACCGGAACAAUCUGGUCUUGCCGAGUAUGGCCAGACAAUCCCACGGGAUGAUGUCUCGACCAUCCUCAGCACGAUUGGCAGUGGGGAGUCCGAUUUUGCCAAACGCAUGUGGGACAAGGUGUUGCUGGAGAACACCGACGAUGUCGUCCAUGUCCUGUCGUUGAAGGGACUCUUCCAAUGGGUGUCGCCAUCAGCUGCGAGGAUCCUGGAGUACGAGCCGAGUGAGAUUAUCGGCACCGCAUUGAGUUCCGUCUGCCAUCCGAGUGAUAUCGUCCCGGUGACGAGAGAGUUGAAGGACACGUCGAGCGGAGCGUCGGUGAAUGUUGUCUUCCGCAUCAGGAGGAAGAACAGCGGGUAUAUGUGGUUUGAAGGGCACGGCUCGUUGCAUACUGAACAAGGCAAGGGGAGGAAGUCGAUCAUCAUGGUGGGGAGGGAACGACCGGUCUACACUCUCAGCAAGGCGGACAUCGUCGCGAACGGAGGGAUCGGCGAGAACGAACUGUGGACGAAAUUGUCCACCUCGGGCAUGUUCCUGUUUGUGUCUUCGAAUGUGAGGCAACUUCUGGACCGGCAACCGGAGGAGCUGAUUGGAAUCAGCAUUCAAUCUCUGAUGCGGACAGAGUCGAAGACUGAAUUUGGCCGCAUUCUGGAACACGCGAGGACGGGCAAGAAGGCGAGCGUCAAACAUGAGAUGAUCAACCGGAGAGGCCAGGUUCUGUCGGCAUUCACCACGCUCUACCCCGGUGAUGCCAUUGAAGGGCAGAAACCCACCUUCAUCGUCGCACAGACCCGUCUGAUCAAGUUCUCUCGCGGAAGCCAAGCACCCCGUCCAGCGAUCUACCCCACAGGCGACCGCGCCUCGUCCGAGUCGGUCGUCUCCGGCGCGACAUCCAACCAUCCGGGCGACGGUCAAAAUUGCAACUCGACAAGUCAACGAUAUCACAACACCGACGGCUCGGCGGCGACCUACGCCGGACAGAAUGGCCUAGCGCUCGGCCAUCAGGACCAAUCCCUCGCGAGUGACGACAACCUGUUUGAUGAGCUGAAGACGACCAAGUCCAGUUCAUGGCAGUAUGAGAUUCGACAAUUAGAGAAGAGGAAUCGCCUCCUGGCGGAAGAAGUACAAAGUCUGAUCGCCGCGAAGAAGAAGCGGAAACGUCGCAAGGGCGCGGGGAACGCGCAGAAGGAUUGUGCGAAUUGUCAUACGCGCGUCACGCCCGAGUGGAGGCGCGGACCGAGUGGGCAGAGGGAUUUGUGUAAUAGUUGUGGGUUGAGGUGGGCGAAGUUGAAUGGAAGAGUCUCCCCGAGGACGUCGAGCCAGCAGAGCGCGCACUCGGCCGCGAGCGAUCGGGCGAGUAAAGCGAGUGCGAGUCCGAAGCAUGUGAAGCAUGAGGGGAGUCGGAUGGCGGAUGGGACGGGUGCGGGUGGGGUUGGUGGAGGUGUAGCGGGGGACGGCAAGUCUGCGCAGAAGCCGACGACGGUGGAGGGGCAUGGGGCGAGUAUGGAGGGCGCCAUGGGGGUUCCGGCGAAGAUUGAUGAGGGGGUUGAGCCGAAUGAUUGA